AAGGUUACCGGCGGUAGUUACCAAGUUUUCCAGAUUGUUCACACUUCACACGAGUUAAUUGUAGCAUGUUAGCACACCAAUUGCUACCAUUCGGCACACAACAAUGGAUUCCGUUCAAAUGAUAUCGCACAUCGAAAAAUCGCUCGCAUAUUCCGUGUACGACGUCAAAUGGAUACCUUGCACCGCCAAGUUCGUCGUUAUCGGUUCGAAGCCGAAAGGGACGGGCGCGCUUCAAAUCUACGAACUCAAUCGUGGCACGCUGGAUCUGGUCAAGGAUACCGAGAAGGACAAAUCGUUAAAGUGCUGCUCGUUUGGGGCAUCGAAACUGCGCACUGAACAUCUUGCCCUUGGCGAUUUCACCGGCAAACUAUCCGUGUACGAUCUCGAGCGCCUCGACGCACCGAUUUACGAAGUAUCCGCCCACGAUGGCAUCAUCAACUCGUUGGACGCAAUAGGGGGAUCGACGGUUAACUGUGGAGCCCCGGAAAUAGUGACCGGGGGCCGGGAUGGGUCGGUGAAAGUUUGGGAUCCACGCCAGCCGACGGAUCCGGUAGCACACAUUAGCCCGGCAAGUAUGGAACCCUCCGAAAGGCGCGACUGCUGGGCCGUUGGCUUUGGCGAUUCGUACAAUGCGCUCGAACGACUCGUCUGCUCUGGGUAUGACAAUGGUGAUUUAAAACUGGUCGACUUGCGCAAUCUAAAGCUACGCUGGGAAACGAAUGUAAAGAACGGAAUAUGCUCGCUCGAGUUUGACCGAAAGGACAUCCGCAUGAACAAGCUGGCAGUCAGUACGCUUGAAGGCGGCCUUCACGUGUACGAUAUGCGUACGCAGCACUCUCAGAAGGGAUUUGCCUCGGUAAGGGAGAAAACGGUUGGCCAGGCGCUUGGUACAAACGGUGUCAUCAGUGGAGGGAAAUCAACCGUCUGGACGGUGAAGCAUCUUCCACAAAACCGAGACAUCUUCGUCACGGGCGGAGGAUCGGGAAAUGUGCGCAUUUGGCUCUACCAUUACCCGGAGAAACGAACCAAAAGUUUAGCGGAUGGAGAAGAACAGGGAGUUGCUGGUACGUUGGAAAUGCUGCACGCAACGACACUUUCCACCCAACCUGUUCACACGUUCGACUGGAGCCCGGAUCGAGUCGGUUUAGCCGUAUGUGGAUCGUUUGAUCAGACGGUGCGUGUUUUGAUUAGUACUAAUUUGAAUCUACAUUAAAAAUAAAUCUUCCUGUGUGAAGC